CUUUGGCCUUCUUACAGAGCAGAUUGCUCGACAUCCAGAAUCCCUGUACAUCGAGGGAUGCUAGCAGAGAUGUAGUUAGGGGUAUUCUGCCUCUAGAACUGAGAGAUUUGCAGAAUGGCAAUUCGGUUGGCAGCCUGAUCUUGGGUCCUGAUGGGGAGAUCAUUCAACUCUCACUGUACAAUCACAACCAUGACCAAGACACUCAGGAGCAAGCUCUCCAAGUUUUAUCUGCAGAAGGAGAGAAGUUACCCUGGGUCAUUGUGCUGCAGCCUGAAAAGACACAUACAGGUGGAGAGUUAGAGCCAGAUGUUCCUGUUGGUGACAUUCAGCACCAUCAAUCCAAACACAAGCAUGCAGAAUUUCUCAAAUCGACCGACACCAAUGCAUGCUCACCCAGCAGCCAGAAAGAUCCCGAGGCUGUGGCGGAGACAAACACAAAGACUGCAAAGGCAGUGGCAGAAACAUGGAAAAAAGUAAUUAAAAACAAUAUUACGAUACCUCCACUAAAGGAGCAUGUGGGGAGCGAGCCAAGAGGAAGCAACACUGAGGCAAAGGAGGAUGAGGAGGAGGAGCAGGGCAGCAACCAUGGAUCACUUCAGCCAGGCAAGCAGAACAUCACCGAAAGUAAAGCGACAGAGCACGCCGUGGUCAAAUGGAGGAAGAAUGCUAAGAUUAAGGACGAUGAAGAAGCUGCAACAACUACAAGGAAAAGGGAGAUGAAACCAGUCAAAAGUGCAGCCUCAGAUGGACAGAAGACAUCGAGGACGGAAGGAAGAGGGCAGAGGCAAAAGAUGAAAAGUGAUGCUGAAUCAAUCGGGACGCGGACAGAAGAGGAGAGGACUAACGGAGAAGAAGCAGAUACCCGGCACCAUUCUGCUCUCCCAUCUGUAAGCAAAAGGAUGCCACACAAGGAAGGAGUCAGAGGAGAAGAGAAGAUGAACAAGGAGACAAAAGAGCUAGGAAAAGUGACAAGACAGAAGGAUGAGUCGGCUGCAAGGAGGAAGAGGAGAGGGAGGCUGAAACACAAAGAGCUACUUGGAAUCCAUGAGGAGCCCAUGAAGAAAGGGGAGGAGGAAAUUAACCAAAACAUUGAAGAGUCUUCUCACCUAAAAUCCACUGAAAAGCCCUCUGCAACGCAAAGACACAAUAACAAAACAAAUUCAGAGGAGGACACAGGGCAUCUUACCAAUAAUGUGGACAAAAACAGCCAAUCGGAGAUCUCCCCCAGGUCUGCUGCAUCCCUGUUCAGCCAGAAGAGCCUGAGGAGGUCUGCUGUCUCUUCCUGUGAGGGUGUGGUGCAUGCCAGCGCUACAGGUCUCGCUUCAUCACGUGGCGGCCUGUCUUCAUGUUCAACCAUCAUGGUAACAGAGGAAAAGUUGACGCUGAACCCUAGAAAGAAAGAGUCCUCCAGGCCUAGACAUGGCCAGGAGGAGGAAGAGGUGGUAGCUCUGCGUCUUGCCCAGCGAGCAGAGAGACGGAGGCAGGAGGUGGAGAGGAAAAGGAGGGAGCAGGAGGAAGAGGAGUUGAAACAACAGAAGAGGGAGGAGACCGAGGAGAGGAUGAAGAGUGAGCUUGAGAGGGAGAGGAGGAAGAGGGCUGAAGAGCUCAGACUGAGGAAGCUGGCGGAAGAGGAAGAUAGGAGGAAGAGCGAGGAAGAGGAGCAGGAGCGAGCGAGACGGGAACAGGCACAACGAGAAAGAGAGAGGAGGAGGCAGGAGGAGAGGAGGAGGCAGAUCGAGCGACUCCAGAGGAUGAGAGAGGAGGAGGAAGAGAGGACGAAAGCUGAUCUUGAGCGUCUGCGCCUUGAAGAGGAGAGGCAACAGCAAGUGGAGAGGAAGAAGCUACAGGACAUGGAAGAGAGUGAGAGGAUAGAGUACCUCUUUAUGAAGGAGGAGAACAGGAUAUACGAAGAGGAGCAGCGUAAAAGGAGAGAGGAGGAGGUCACUUUACAGGUCGCAGAGAAAGCAAGGCUGCAGGCAGAACAGCUUGCAAGAGAGAUGGCGCUUUUGCAGCAGCAGUUGGACGUUAAAAGGUGUCUGUUGUUGGAGGCUGCAGGUCUGGAGAAAACCCAGUGUAUCUCCAGACCGUGGAUCUACUCUUACUUCACUUUGUUACAGCUACUGGGUGAUAAUCCAACUACAGCUGAGACCACAACCUCUGGCCUUUAAAAAGAAAAGGGGAAAAAAAGGACCACAUUAUAUAAGUUCAACUUGAUAUUUAAUAGAAUUGUAAUUUAUUAAAUGAAGGCCUAACUUUUUAAUUCGGGGUAAUUGUUGUGGUAGCACUGUUCAUGUUUUAUUGUUGUAUUGCUCUGUGAAGCACCUGGGCUGCAUCUUACAUGCAAGGUGCUGUAUAAAU